AUGGAUGAUUUGCGAAGAGAACAUGUUAGAGCAACGAAAAUCAUGUCCGUUGGAAUAUAUGGAUGGAGAAAACGUUGUUUAUAUUGUCUUUUAAUUUUUUUAACAUUCUUUGUUUUUAUUAAUUUAUGUUUAACAUUUUGGUUAUCAAUUGCUUUAGGUCUCCAUUGGGGAAGUAUUGGACCUAUUUCAAUAUUUAAAAAUCAUGUUAUAUUUCGAUCACCAGUUGUGUUCAAAGAUGGACUUGUUGCAAAUAAAAUUUCUAGUGGUGAUCAAUCAUUAAGUAUUCAAUCGGAUAAAAGUGUGCAUAUUCAAAGUGGAUCAGAACAUAAACAUUCAAGAUUAACUAUUGAUCAAGAUGGAAUUCAUGCUAAUUGUGAACAAUUUCAAAUAAAUGAUCGAACGGGUUCAAAACUUGUCGCUAUUGAUUCAUCACAAAUUCAAGUUUAUACUGAUGAUCUAUCAAUUAUUUCUGAAAAAAAACGAUGGGAACUUCCGAAUUUAAUAACAAAUUCAAUUUCAUCAGAUAAAAAUUUAAGUCUAUCAGCAGAUGAAGGUCGAUUAAUACUAUCAUCUAACAGUAAUAUUGAUGUAUUCGCGAAACAAACUCUUGACUUUGUUGCCAAUGAUAUUGUUAUAAAAAUUCGUCUUCAAAAUGAGCAUAUUUAUUUUGAAAAAUUACGAUUUUUCGAUCGUGCUAAAGCACCAAUAGUUGCUCGUAAUUCUCAAUCCUAUUCUGUAUGCAUUUGCGAAAAUGGUCUUGUCUUUGCUGCGAUUGAUUGUCGUCAACAUGCAUUUGAUUGUCGUGAAUGA